AUGCCAGUUUCAUCAGGUAUAGGCAAAGCUAGUAGCAAAGCACCAAUUGCGCCUUUAUCAGAUGUCACAUCAAGUCUCAAACCAACAGUCAAUGGACAAUAUUGUAAAUUACCUUACAGAGUCUCUUCUUUCACUUGGAAUAUGUUUUUUUGUAAUGAUGGUUAUUGUCCAACACAAACUAAUCAAAGAACUAAAUGCUCAUCAGGUCAAUUCGGCUACCUUGAAAUUUGGGCAAACAAUCAUAAAGUCAUUUAUCCUUUAAAUACAUUAUCAACUGGUAUCAAUGGUAUAAAUCAGCAAUGUCUUCUCUAUUACUAUUAUAUGUCGAUUAUACCUGGAACAGUAGACAAAAUCACGGUACGCAAAGAAGAUAAGAUUGGCACCAGUACAAUCAUUGAUACUGUUACAAGUAGUCCAAUCAAUGAAUGGAUCAGACGUAAUGUAACAUUCACUAGUACAAAAAUUUAUUUUGAUUUGGAAAGAACAUCUGGAGCAAUUUUAUCUCAAUCUUAUAUUGCAGUUGAUGAAAUUUCGAUUUUACAAGGCAAUUGUGGUAGAUGA